CGAAACCCCAGUGUUACCUCGGCGCAAGUUAGCACCUGCAUAUUUUUCUUACACGCGUCGAAUCUUAUAAUACGCCUCCGAUCAGCCCACCUCUCUUGCCUUUCGCAGACGACCAGUCCGUCAGAAGAGUACGACGUCGUACCUGCCUGCCUUGACGUAUACUCUCGCCUUCUUCAUUCGUUUCGCCGAUCCGAGGGAGGAAGUUGUGAAUGAGAGGAAACUAGUAUUAGGUUUAGGGUUUUGUGAAGAGGAUGGUGGUGUGACAAUGGCGAGGCUAUUGGGUUUGACGCGAGGAGAGACAGCUGAGCCUCGGGAGAUUACUCGGACGAUUCCUACUAGUGAGAGCAUCGGGGAGAGCGGGUGGCUCAUCCGCUUCUUUGAUUCCGCGUUCUUCUGUGAGUGGAUCGCUGUGAGCUACCUCUACAAGCAUGACCAUGCCGGUGUUCGGGAUUAUCUCUGCAACAGGAUGUAUACGCUGCCAAUCUCAGGCAUUGAGAGCUACAUGUUCCAGAUUUGCUACAUGAUGGUGCAUAAGCCCAGCCCCUCACUGGACAAGUUUGUGAUCGACAUGUGCACCAAGUCGCUUAAGAUUGCGCUGAAAGUGCACUGGUUCUUGAUGGCGGAGUUGGAGGACAUAGAUGAUAAUGAGGGGAUCAGUAGGAUUCAGGAGAAGUGCCAGAUUGCUGCUACUUUGAUGGGGGAGUGGGCACCCUUGAUAAAGCCUCAAAAUUCCACAUCAAGCCCCGUGGGGAAGAACCAGAUGCUUAAUAGAUUACUGUCUUCCAAGCAGAGGCUGUUAUCAUUGACUUCUUCUCCGCCAGCGUUACAGCGAUCGAUGACAUUUUCACCCAAUUCAGUAAGCCUUUCACAGCAGGAUGACAAUGGUGGAAGUAAAAUAUCAACUCCAGAGGAGAACAAGAUAUUCAAGAAGCUGAUCCCAGGUCCGAAAGUACGAGAUGCAUUGCUCUUUAGGAAAUCAGCAGAAAAGGAAGAUGACAGCGCGGAUAAGGAUAGUUUUUUCAAGAGGCUUUUGAGGGAUAGUAGGGAUGAGGACAGUAGGAAAGCAUCAGUAGAUAGAGAUGAUGAGGAAUCUGAGAAGGACAGUUUUUUUAAGAGGCUACUAAGAGAUAGUCGGGAUGAGGAUGGUAAGAAAUUGACAGGCAAAGAUGAAGAUGAUUCAGAGAAGGAUGGUUUUUUUAAGAGACUUUUGAGUAGCAGUAGAGAUGAAGAUGCUAGAAAAUCUGUGGAGAAGGAUGAAGAGGAGUCUGAAAAGGAUGGCUUCUUUCGGAGGCUUUUGAGUAGUAGUAAGGAUGAUGAGGAGGAGGUUACCACAAGCUCUGAUGGAUUCUUUAAACGUAUAUUUCGUGAUAGCAAAAAUGAUGUGGAUGACAAAGGAAGUGCAAAAUCUGUUGAAGAUGAUGAAAAUGAAGGGUUUUUCCGGAAAAUUUUUAAGGAGAGAUCUGAGGACAAGAAGGAUGGAAGUGAGAAAAAUGAAUAUGUGGAAAAAGCAAAGAAGGUUUCUGAAGAUGAUGAUAAAGAUGGUUUCUUCAAAAAGUUCUUUAAGGAGAAAUUUGAGGACAAGAAAGAGGGGACUGACAAGAUUUAUGAGGAUGGAAGGGACGACCAUGUGAAUGGUGAGGAUGAAGAGCCUUCUGAUUUUUCAUUGUUCCGACGUUUGUUUCGCGUGCAUCCUGAGGAUUCCAAACUUUCAACAGCUAAUGAAAACAAUAUCAGUGGAAAUUUGCAUGAGAGCAGUCCUGGAACUGAGAAUUUUUUUCGUAAGCUGUUUAAAGAUCGUGACCGAUCAGUAGAAGACUCGGAGCUUUUUGGAUCAAAAAGGAACAAAGAGAAACGUCCUGGCUCACCAAAGCAGCAUGAUAAGCCAACUUCUAAACCUCCACUUCCAAAUAAUGGUGUGUCACAAAUCAGGAAAGGGGCGUACCAUGAAUCCCUUGAAUUUGUGCAAUCAUUAUGUGAUACUUCUUAUGGCUUGGUAGAUGUUUUUCCCAUUGAAGAUCGUAAAAGUGCUCUACGUGAGUCACUUGGCGAGAUCAAUGCACAUGUAGCUACUGCUCAAAAUAGUGGAGGCGUGUGUUUCCCAAUGGGAAAGGGAAUGUAUCGUGUUGUUCAUAUACCUGAAGAUGAAGCUGUUCUCCUGAAUUCUAGGGAAAAAGCUCCUUAUUUGAUCUGUGUUGAAGUAUUAAAGUGUGAAACACCUAGUUUGAAAGAUGCUCCAAACAUGCAAAAGCUUUCAAAGGGAGGGAUUCCCCUGGCAAAUGGAGAUGUUUUCUUACAAAAGCCACCUCCUUGGGCUUGUCCUGUGUGGAAUGGACAGGAUAUGUACCACAGUGGUUAUGAUAGGAUGUCAAGAUCUACUUCCCAAGCAAUUGACCAAGCGAUGACUCAGUUUUGGGAUGCUAAAGUAAAAUUUGUUCGUGUUAAUCUUUCUUUGGAGAUGCAAUCAGACUGUAUGACUGAUUUUUAUAAGCAAAACAAAGAGAUUGGACCACAUGCAUCAAAGUCAAUGGAUGACUGUGGUUUGGAAUGGGUGAGGGUCACUUUGACAUCAGAGCCUGGAGUUAGUAUGGAUGAUAUAGUGGAUCAGGAACCACCGCGUCGGAAGGAGCAUCGCCGUGUUCCAAGUACUGUAGCUAUUGAGGAAGUUAAGGCAGCUGCAUUAAAAGGAGAAACACCUCCUGGACUCCCUCUGAAAGGAGCUGGUCAGGAUUCUGAUGCACAGCCAAAGGUUCCUAAUGGUGGUCUUCCCAAUUCGUGUGAUGCACUAUCUGGUGAACUUUGGGAGGUAAAGAAGGAGAGAAUACGCAAAGCCUCUGUAUAUGGGACACUACCUGGCUGGGACUUGCGAUCUGUCAUUGUAAAGAGCGGUGAUGACUGUAGACAGGAGCAUCUUGCUGUUCAACUUAUUUCCCACUUUUAUGAUAUAUUCCAGGAAGCUGGUCUUCCUCUUUGGUUGCGGCCAUAUGAAGUCCUUGUUACAUCAUCUUACACAGCACUAAUUGAAACUAUACCAGAUACGGCCUCAAUUCAUUCUAUAAAAAAUAGGUUUUCUAAUGUAACAAGUCUACGAGAUUUUUUUGUUGCCAAGUAUCAAGAAAAUUCUCCAACUUUUAAGCUUGCCCAGAGAAACUUUGUUGAAAGCAUGGCAGGAUAUUCUCUGGUUUGCUACCUUCUGCAGAUAAAAGAUAGGCAUAAUGGGAAUCUCCUGUUGGAUGAAGAAGGUCAUAUCAUACACAUUGAUUUUGGUUUUAUGCUGUCCAAUUCACCUGGGGGUGUAAAUUUUGAGAGUGCUCCAUUUAAGCUAACUCGUGAACUUCUAGAGGUCAUGGAUUCUGAUGCUGAGGGAGUUCCAAGCGAGUUCUUUGACUAUUUCAAGGUUCUAUGUAUCCAAGGUUUCUUGACAUGUCGUAAGCAUGCUGAACGUAUCAUUCUUCUUGUUGAGAUGUUGCAGGAUUCUGGUUUCCCUUGUUUCAAGGGUGGUCCAAGAACAAUACAGAACUUGAGGAAAAGAUUUCAUCUUAGUUUAACAGAAGAGCAAUGUGUGUCCUUGGUGCUUUCUUUGAUUAGUAGUAGCUUGGAUGCAUGGAGGACUCGACAGUACGAUUAUUACCAGAGAGUGUUAAAUGGGAUAUUAUGAGGUCAAAGUUGAGAGAAUAGGUGCGUUUUGGUUUUGCUGAUUGUGAAACCCAGAAAGAGGCUAUCAGCUUGUUUCCUCCUCCUCCAUGUUGGGGAUUUGCAGUAGGGAAAGAAUUCCAAAUGCUGUGAUUCUCAGUGAUUUGGUUGGAGGAGUUUAGAAGGAUUGCUGAUGAGCUUUUGGAAUUUUGUAAUUGUAUUGGUAAAAAUCACGCAUGGAGCAGCAUAGCCAUAGCCAUGUAGGGGAAGCACUCCACAUCGGGAACUUCAUUUUGUUUUCUGCAUUGCUCCGUUUCCCAUCAUUGUGCAGAAGGAUGAGAGAGAAAUUCCGAAGGAAGGAUCUUUACUUCCAAUUUAAGGAUUCAAUUCAUUGCACCCAGAUUUGGGGUGAUACUGUACAGAGUGAACUGAAAUGGAGACAAGACAGCUGUCGGGACCUUCCUGAUUGAGUUACGAAUUUGCUAUAGUUUUCUGGUAUGGUGAAGACCUAAGUUUGUACAUUUUCGUAUCCUCGAGUUUUGGGGGUUUUUUUUUUUUUUUUUUUUUUUUUUUUUUUUUUUUCUCGUGUUAAAAGCAGCAGCAUAGGAAUACAGCUUGUAAUCUUGGUUUUCAAUUCCUGUGGGUCCUCAAGCGGAGUUCUCUUUGAUGUGCUUCUAACAAGCGCUUGAAAUAACAGACUUGUAUUGUGUAUAAUAUUCUUUUUUUGGGCUACAUUUUCGUGUUUUUCGAUGAAUACCACUUUGUGUAGUUUAAAUUCAAAGUUGCCCACUUCCAUAUUGUGCGAAAUGAUGUUAGGUUGGAGUUGGCACAUGAAUCUUGUUAACGAGUGUGAACUCGGUCUUACUACUUUA